AUGAUGCGCACGAUGCAUUGCCUUUUGAUAUUUACCGUUGUUCCAUUACUAGUUGUGUGUAAUCAAUCUUCAAUUACUAUUACUACUGAUCAAAUUAUCAAUACAUUAACACGAGCUCUAAAUUUCUUUUCAUUGAAUAUUAAUCAGGUUAACCUCGACGCUGGCAUUGGUACACGGAUGGUCGCUGAUCAAUUACGAGCCUACACAGUGUGCAAACAAGGAAAAUCAGUGAAAAAACUUGUCGACUUGAGUGAAUAUGUUACUGGGCAAAUAGCGCGAUCUGUUCGUCAUCGGCAACCAAAUUAUUAUGCGCAACUAUCAUUUCUUCUGACGCCAGGCAUUUUUUCAAAAAUUGAACCAUUUCAAUUUCAUAGCAACAAAUAUCAAAUUCAUACAGAAAAACAAUGUUCAUCGUCGAAAUUUGUUGAAAAAAAUUCAGAUCUAUGUCUUCAUGCAUUGGGAUUUUCUAAGUGUAAUGAAACUGAACCCUGCAUUAAAUUAAGAAGUGAUCCAUAUGCUUGUCGCUAUUCACUUACUCAUCAAAUUCUCUAUUCAAUAAUUGCUAAACAAUCUCUAUGUCGUCAACAACAUCGGUUAUCAUCAUUGAAAGAAUAUCAAAUGAUUUCGAGAAUGUUAAAUGAAAGUCAAACUAUUGCAAGUAAAACUUUUCCUGAAUCUGACCGCGACUUAUUCAUGGAACAAAUCGCAUUCGGUGGUUUACUUGGUUGGAGCGAAUUUUUUCAAGAAAAUAAUUGGUUCAAUGAGCUAAUGAGCUGGCAACAUCCAAACGAGGGUUGUUUUGGAAAUGACACUAAUCAUAUGAAUAAUAAACGUGAAGAAAUGUUAAUGUUUCACCAAUGUCUUAGUCAUCGUACUAGUGUCGCAAUAGCUGCACUUUCACAAAUUCUGCGAUAUCUGUUGUCUAGAGACAUCUAA